AAUUAGUUAAUAGGCGCACAAAGUUGAAUCAUCUGUUAUUACUGAUAUCUUAAUAUAUCGCUGAAUUACGCUGUUCUACUUUAUUUUAUAACUUAUAAGAUAAUAUUAUGAUUGUUUUGACUUUUAAAUGCUACGAAUUACAAUUCAAUUGAAUUUUGAGAUAAAAUUCCAAAAUAUUAAUCACGUAUACCAUUAAUAAUUGCGUAGUUAUUUUCGUAGUGAUAUUGUAAUUUGUAAUCAUUAACUACAAUAAUACAAUACUACAUUAUUAUUGAGUUUGAUUUGCAGUUGUAUUAUUAUAUUUAAAUUUAAAUUUCAUCAAUUCCUUUUAAAUUCAAAUAUCAAUAAAUACUACUCCGAUAGUGUGAGUUGUACUGUGUUCUAGUUAUAAAUUUUAAAUAUUCAAAUCUACAUAAUAUACAAAUCAUGACAUCAACUAAUACAUUGGAGGAUAACAUCAAAAUGUUGGAACAAUACAUAGAAUAUUUUCCAGACUUUCCUAAACCAGGAAUCUUAUAUAAGGAUGUAUUAUCAGUAUUAAGUCACAGUGAUGGAAUAAAAUUGUUGGAGGUAAUAUUGAAACAAAUAUCCAUUAAACUGCGUGGUAAAGUUGACUGUGUAGCCAUGUUGGAGACUCGUGGUUUUAUUUUUGCUCCAAUACUUUCUUUACACCUUAAUGUACCAUGCAUACCUGUCAGUAAAAAGGGAAAUUUACCAGGCCCCGUUAUUGAAUUGCCAUAUAUUUUGGAAUAUGGAGAAGAUAUUUUGACAGUGCAAUUAAAUAGUAUUACAAAAGGACAGAAGAUAUUCAUAGUAGAUGACUUUCUUGCAACUGGAGGCACAUUAGAAGCCGCUUCAAGAUUAAUUGAAAAAGCAGGCGGAGAAGUUGUACAAGGAUUGGUAUUAAUGGAAAAGUUGGAAUUAGAAGGACGUAAAAGAUUAAAUUUUCCAAUGAUAUCAUUAUUAUCUGAAUAAUUGUUUGCUGUCAAAAAUAUACUAAUUUUUAUAUUUUAACAAUAAUUUAUUAAUUAUAGUUAUUAAUAAAUCAUUAUUGUUUAAAAAAAAAAUGUAUUUGUGAUGUUUAUAUUCCAUAAUAUUGUUGUUUAAUGAUUGUAUAAUUUAUUUGUCUAAAAUAUCUAUUAAAUAAAAAUAUUUUUUCACA